GCACUUUUUUUCUCCGCCGCGGCCUUCCUAAAGCUGUGAGGCGGAGAUGGCCGGCCGGUGGCGGUUGAGAGGUGCCUUGCCGCCGCUGUUGUUGCUAUUCCUGCCGCUGCUAUGGCGCGCCGAGACGGCGCAUAUUAAGAAAGCAGAGGCUGCGGCCUUCACGGGCAACGCCUCAACGGCCGGAGCGACCCCGGCAAUGCACUACAUGGACGAGGCCGAGCUGGCGUCGUCGUUGCGCUCGCUGGCGGAGGACGAGGCUCCACCGGGCUUGGCGCGGCUCUUCUCCAUCGGCCGCUCGGGCGAGGGGCGGGAGUUGUGGGUGCUGCGCCUCAGCGCCGGCCUGCCUGAGGUCGAGGCGGGUCCCGACGCCGACCCCGGCGGGCCGCCCAUUGCCGGCCGUCCUCAAGUGAAGCUGGUGGCCAACAUGCACGGCGACGAGACGCUGGGCCGGGCCCUCCUCAGCCGCCUGGCUCGCGAGCUGGUGUCCGGCUGGCUGCGGGGAGACCCCCGCCUGCGCCGCCUCCUCAACACCACCGACCUCUACCUCAUGCCCAGCCUCAACCCGGACGGCUUCGCGCGCGCCGCCGAAGGGGACUGCGCAGGCGCCGCCGGCCAGAGCCAAGCGGGGACCAGCGGCGGGCGAGAGAACGCCCGAGGCCGGGACCUCAACCGCAGCUUCCCGGACCAGUUCGGAAAUGCACAGCCGGACCUGGCCGCGGUCCCUGAAGUGCGCGCCCUGAUGGAGUGGAUGAGGCGCAACCGGUUUGUGCUUUCUGCGAACCUGCAUGGGGGCUCUGUUGUUGCAAGCUAUCCAUAUGAUGACUCUGCUGUGCACCAGACUUCUGGGGUGUAUAGCAAAUCUGCUGAUGAUGAAGUCUUCAAGUACUUGGCAAAAGCUUAUGCAUCAAAUCAUCCAAUAAUGAAAACUGGCAACCCAAACUGCCCUGGGGAGGAGAGAGAAAUUUUUGAAGAAGGUAUCACUAAUGGUGCUCAGUGGUAUGAUGUGGAAGGUGGAAUGCAGGAUUAUAACUAUGUGUGGGCCAACUGCUUUGAGGUCACCUUUGAGCUUUCCUGCUGCAAAUACCCACCAGUAUCGCAGCUUGAGCAGGAGUGGGAAAAUAACCGAGAAUCUCUUCUUACCUUUAUUGAAAAAGUACACAUUGGGAUCAAAGGGUUUGUCCGGGAUUCGGUCACUCAGGCUGGCUUGGAAAAUACAACUAUUGCUGUGGCUGGGAUUGAUCACAACAUUACAACUGGUUGUUUUGGUGAUUAUCACAGAUUGCUGGUACCUGGAAUCUACAACAUCACUGUAGCUGUUGUGGGUUACCUGCCAGUUACAAAAGUGAAUGUUGAGGUGAAGGAAGGGAAUGCAACUGCAGUUGACUUCUCCUUGGAACCUACAACAGCAGUAAAGAUCUCUGAUCCUACUCAGGAUAUACCAGUACCUGCCACAGAUCCUGCUCCCGCUGCUACCAAUAUGACCAGUACAGAAAAGCCAACCCCUGCCCACCAAGCUAUCCAGCCGAAGGACUUCCGCCACCAUCACUUUCCAGACAUGGAAAUCUUCCUGAGGAAGUAUGCCAAUGAGUACCCAAGCAUCACCCGGCUCUACUCAGUGGGCAAGUCAGUGGAGCAGAGGGAGCUGUAUGUGAUGGAGAUUUCAGACAACCCAGGCAUCCACGAAUUAGGUGAGCCAGAAUUCAAGUACAUUGGGAACAUGCAUGGCAAUGAGGUGGUGGGCCGAGAGCUGCUUCUCAAUCUCAUUGAGUACCUUUGCAAGAACUAUGGAACUGAUCCUGAAGUGACAGACUUGGUUCAAAGGACUCGAAUCCACAUCAUGCCCUCCAUGAACCCUGAUGGCUAUGAGAAAUCUCAAGAAGGAGACAGAGAGGGAACUGUUGGCAGAAAUAACAGCAAUAAUUAUGACCUGAAUAGGAAUUUUCCAGAUCAGUUCUUCCAGAUUUCAGACCCUCCGCAGCCAGAAACAAUGGCUGUCAUGAACUGGCUGAAGGCUUAUCCUUUUGUGCUGUCUGCAAACUUGCAUGGAGGCUCUCUGGUGGUUAAUUACCCCUACGAUGAUGACCAACAUGGAAUUGCCACAUACAGUAAAUCUCCUGACGAUGCCCUGUUUCAAGAAAUUGCUCUUUCUUAUGCCAAGGAAAAUGUACAGAUGUUCCAGGGUCACCCGUGUGCAGAAAUGUAUCCUGAUGAAUACUUCCCUCAUGGCAUCACUAAUGGAGCUCACUGGUAUAACGUUCCAGGUGGAAUGCAGGACUGGAAUUAUUUAAACACAAAUUGCUUUGAAUUGACCAUUGAGCUGGGCUGUGUCAAAUACCCCAAGGCUGAGGAGUUGCCCAAGUACUGGGAGCAGAAUCGUAGAUCUCUGCUGCAAUUCAUCAAGCAGGUUCACCGAGGUGUCAAAGGGUUUGUGUUGGAUGCCACAGAUGGACAGGGCAUCUUAAAUGCAACCAUCGACGUUGCCAACAUUAAUCACCCUGUCUCCACAUAUAUGGGUGGAGACUAUUGGCGCCUGUUGGCUCAUGGGACUUACAAGAUCACUGUGUCUGCCCGAGGGUAUAACUCAGAAACAAAGAUUGUGGAAGUAGUUGAGAAAUCUGCGGUUCAGGUCAACUUCACUUUGACGCGGAAAGAUUCCAAAAUGGAGGAAGGGAAAGUGCCUGACAUUAACAUGGCAGAUGCCAGCGACCCAGUUACCAAGGAGUUUGAGAUGCUGAUCAAAAACCUCUCAGCUGAGAAUGGGCUGGAACACCUCUUGCUGACUUCCAUGGCAGAUGUCCUGCCUUAUCGGUAUCGACCCUACAAGGAUCUGUCCAUGUUCCUUCGAGGCCUGAACCUGAAUUACCCUCUGAUCACAAAUCUCACUAGUUUGGGCCAGAGUGUUGAGUUUCGUCAGAUCUGGUCCCUGGAAAUCUCCAACAAACCCAACCAAUCUGAACCAGAGGAACCAAAGAUCCGUUUUGUUGCUGGCCUCCAUGGCAAUGCUCCGGUUGGCACAGAGCUGCUUCUGGCCCUCGCAGAAUUCUUAUGCAUGAACUACAAAAAGAGUCUGGCCAUCACAAAGCUGAUUGACAAAACAAGAAUUGUGAUAGUGCCAUCCCUGAACCCAGAUGGGCGUGAGAUUGCUCAGGAGAGAGACUGCACAUCGAAGAUAGGGCAAACCAAUGCACACGGCAAAGAUCUGGACGCUGAUUUCACAAGUAAUUCCUCCCAGCAAUCUAGUGUGCGAGAACCAGAGACCAAGGCCGUCAUCGAGAACCUGAUACUGAAGAAAGACUUCAGCCUCUCUGUUGCCUUGGACGGAGGGUCCCUGCUUGUUACAUACCCCUAUGACAAGCCAGUGCAGACAGUUGAGAACAAAGAAACACUGAGACAUUUGGCAUCUCUGUACGCAAACAACCAUCCCACAAUGUACCUUGGCCAGUCCAGCUGUGCAAACAAGUCUGAUGAGAACAUUCCAGGGGGAGUGAUGCUUGGAGCAGAGUGGCACAGUCACUUGGGCAGCAUGAAGGAUUUCAGUGUUUCAUAUGGGCAUUGCCCAGAGAUCACGGUGUACACUGGCUGCUGUUACUUCCCAGGGGCAGGACAGCUCCCUACUCUGUGGGCAGAGAACAAGAAAUCUCUCCUUGCCAUGCUUGUUGAGGUUCAUAAGGGAAUCUACGGGCUGGUGCGAGACAGGCACGGAAGGCCAGUUCCUAAAGUUGAAAUUGUGCUGAAUGAACGGGUGAAAGUCUCCACCAAGGAAGGUGGCUAUUUCCAUGUGUUGCUGGUUCCUGGCUUCCAUAACCUUCAUGCCAAAGCUGAUGGCUAUCAGCAGCAGCAUAUUCAGGUCUUAGUUCACCAUGACGUGGCUACCUUUGUGCACAUCCAGUUCGAUAUGGACAACAGGAUUUUCGGUCUUCCAAGGGAAUUAGUGGUCACGGUAGCAGGUGCUUCCAUGUCGGCUUUGAUUCUCACAGCCUGCAUCAUCUGGUGUGUCUGUUCCAUCAAGUCCAACCGGCAUAAGGAUGGCUUCCACCGCCUACGCCAGCACCAUGAUGACUAUGAGGAUGAGAUCCGAAUGAUGUCUACAGGAUCUAAAAAGUCCCUUCUGAGCCACGAAUUCCAGGAUGAAACAGACACUGAGGAGGAAACACUUUACUCCAGCAAACACUGACCCAUCUGCUGGCAGGGAGGCUCCCUGCAGAGACAGAACCUGCAACUGAGCAUUUCUUAAGUGACGGACCUAGAUCACCUCUGGAGCCAGAACCUCUGUGGAUCACACUAAUUCCUAUUUAUGCACAAGGAGGCCCUGCUCUGCCACUGGCUGCUUUUCCAGUGAGAAUCUGAACUGAGGACUCUCGCAGAGCUGGUAUUGGCAGCCUGGUUGCUUGCAAUUCACUCUGGGGAAGCGGAGCUGUUGCCGGUGGCCAACUUUGUAGCAUUUUUUGCCUAAGUGUCUAAGAAUAUUCACUCCUUGAGGGAAAUAAGCUGUAGCAACCGUGAUUUUCUCUAAGCUGCUACAGCAACAUAAAAGUGGCUUCAGAACUUCUUUCACUUCUGCCUUUGUUCAAGUCCAGCAGUCUUGCUCCCUUCUUGGAAACAUAAACCACCACCUCCUAAAUAGGACUUCAGAUUAGAUCAUUUUGGCAAGUGACCUUCUCCUGAAAGAGAUUACAGGAAUGGAUUGUUGUAUCCAGAUGUGUGAAUCUCUGGUUGAGGCUGUGGUCUGUGCAAAAUAAAACCAAUAUGUUUGUUUCCUUUGAAUUCUCUUGCACAAAUACUGCUUCAGAGUAUCUACAAUUUUCUAUGUGAGAACAUAAAAUAGCAAAAGAUGCAUUUCUGAACUUAAAUGGAUAAUUUCCAGUCUGUCUAAUAUCAGCUCAUACCAUUACAAAGAGCCAGAUUACUCAGAUUGGUGCCAAAUGGGAUUUUUUUGCAGCUCAUUUUUUGAGAUCCGCCUGUUGAAAACAGCCAGGCCACUGGCUUGCCUGUCUGUGCAGCUAGAGUCUGAAGACUUCCAGAAAUGGCCUCCAAGUAAAAAAAUAAACCUAAACAUUGCUUGUUCAUAGGUCUACUUAAAAAAAAAAAACCUCCAUUACCCUUCCUCUCCAACCCUGAGUUUAUUACUACCAGCUCAUUUGCUGCACCUGGAUUUUGCUUAAAGUCAUGCUGUUCAUGUGCUCUGGAUUCAAACCAUGCAAUGGGCCCACUUUGGGAUAGAGGCUGUGUAGUGGUUCUUGUAUCACAGGAUCUGAGGAAUAUAUCUAGCACUUUGGUUUAAAUGGGAGGGGGCGCUUAUAUGUAGUGGGAAGAGUGAGAAACUGUUGCAUGGCAGCUGUUGGGUCCACAAAAUCUAUCUUAAAAAGUGAAAUCAGUUAUUUCAACUAAACCAUUUAAAAAACAAGCCACAUUUUAAAUGUCAUAUUAAUUGUAUUUGGAGAGAAAAUUGCAAAUCAAACUUCUGACGAGCAGUAAAGGCAAAUUGCUAAAUAAUGAGAAUGGGAUUUGGUGGUCUUUGGGAUAAUGGAAUUGGAGUAAAUUAUCCACAGAGCUAGUUGGCAAGGACAAAAGACACAACUGUCUUUGCAUGGCGGUUUAUGAUCAGAUGAUGGACAUGCCAUAAUGUAUGUUGGAUUUUGUGGUCUUUUGUUUUUUCUGCCCAAAGCAGCUGUUCCUUUAAGAGGCUGAACUUUGCACAAAACAAGCAAGGGUCUGUUUAUUGGCAUUUUGUAGCUCUCCUCUUGAAUCCUUGGGUUUGUGAUGGUAAAUAUCUUUAAAAACUAAACUAUCUACCAUGAUGAUUCCCAGCUUGCCAACAGUAUGAUUCUUUCAUCUGUCUUGACUAGACAUGGGCAUGAAUCGAUAUAUGAAUCAACUUUCGUGUUUUGUGGGGCUGUGUUUUUCACUAAAUCCAUGACUUUUUAGGCCAAUUUGUAGAAUUUCUGAAUGCUUCAUGAUGCCAGACAGGCUGGCACCGAUCCAUUGAUUCCCUAGGCAUCAUAGGCCCGGAAUUCUGCAGACCUUUUAUUGCUUUGGAAACCCCAGUCUUAGCCCACAUAACCUUGAUAGGCAGCUCUCCCUGCCAACCUGCAAUCUCCCAUUCUGUUCUAUGAGAGCAACGGGCAGGGGAGAGAUGGGCCUUCUGUAGCCAUUGGAACACCAAUCCCAUCCCUCCAAACCCAGUUAGGCAGGUCUUUCUGCCAAUCAGAGAGUUCCUGUUCUGCUCUAUGUGAGCAUUUCUUAUAUAAGACACAGCUCUGUGCCUCCUGCUUUCAGUUCCAGUAGACAGAGGGAGAUGGAGGAGCUGUUGCUGGGAUUUGGAGUGAGAGAGAGUGGAAUUGGGAGCUUUUGGCUGGAUUUGCUGCUGCUUCAAAAGAGACUGAAAAUAUUUUUUGCUCUUGUCCUUGCUGGGAAGGUUGUUGGGUGAUGGUGCCUUUGAAGUCUCCUUGCGAGUUUAGCAUCUCUGGGCCAUUGUAGGGCCUCGGGAUCUGAUGAAUCAUGAACCUAACGAAUUGCUUUGUGAAACGGGACAAUUUCGUGAAAGUUCAUGAUUUGUGGAACGUGCCGAACCACAAAACUCAAGGUUCUCCCCCCCCCAUUUUGUGCCCGUCUCUAGUCUUGACCCCUUUAUUCCCUGGCUUAGGGGUUCUUAGAAAUACUUUCAUAAUGCCUUUAGCCUCCCUUCUGAAAUGUGGGAACGGGUUGAGUUUGGGUUUGUAGUAAGAAUUGAACUUAGGCAUUGAUAGCAAAUUAUGAUAAAACAAGUUUGCCACUUCUGAUGUUUUUCUGCAGUCAUAAGAGAGUUCAGAUACACACUUAAAACUGUACAAUUUUAUUCCAGCUUCCAUUACAUUAAAUUUCAAGUUAUUGAAUCAUUAUACUGUGGGGUCAGUUUUCUGUAUUUUUAAAUCUUCUCUCUGUCUCCAUAGAUUGUGAGUGUCAGUGCAAUGUGAUGGCCACCAUAUUGGAUUUAGACUAGCAAGAUCCUUGGUUCAGAAGUGUAUUGGGUUUGUUGCUGUUUUUCUUCCUAACCUACCUCAUAAGUGUCCUUGAGGCUAAAAUGAGGAGACGGAAUGCUGUGAACAAUAGGAUUUUAGAAAUUGUUAAUUAAGAGAUUCUAGGUCAUGAAAAUGAGGUAAGAAAUGGACAUUAUGAAACCAAGUGCCUGAGCUUGUUAACGGCUUGAGGUUAGACCAAUUUAUCUGUACAAAUAUGCCAGUUGUGAAUUUCUGCUGUAGUAUAUGCAAAAAAUAUGUAAGUGAUGUCAAGUCGCAACUGACAUAUGGUGACCUCUCAUGGGAUUUUCAAGGCAAGAGAUGAGCAGAGGUGUUUUGUCAUUGCCUGCCUCUGCACAGCAACCCCAGUGUUCCUUGAUAGUCAGCCAUCCCAAGUACUAAUCAUGGAUGACUAGUUAGCUUUUCCAGCUGCUCUCCUAAUCAUAUUCGGCCUUAAUUGAGCUUUGGGGGGGGGGCGGGUUUGUAUCUGGAGCUAUGUAGGCUUUCUUUUAAAAUUAAAAAGUACAGUACCAUUUCCAAACACUUAAUCUUUCCACUACAUUUCAGGCCUUGGGGUAGGCAUUUCUAAUGCAUAUCAAGAUGUCCCCAUUUCCCUACAACCUCUUCUAUCAAGCAAUAAAUGGUUGAGCAUCACACAGGCCCUUUAACUUACAUAAUGAAUUUGUUCAAAAGUGGCUAGCACUGUAACUUGGAGACACUUCUUGCCUUGCUAAUGGGGAACUGGCACUCUCCUUUUGCUACUAAUUGAUGCACAGUUUUUAGACUGAAGUGGUACCUACCUAUGCCCUUUUGCAGCACCUGUUGCCUUUCCACCUCAAUGUCUGCUUCUUGGCCACCAAAGUCUAGCCUGCAGCUGCUUUAUGUAUCUUUGUCGCUGUCCUUUGAUCCAUGCACAGAGUGCCUUUUGAAAACAGAUUUUGCAGUGAGGCACUUGAAAAUGACACCCAGAUGGUGUAAUGACAAUUUUGUAUCUUUUCCCACACCAAAAGUCUCAGCUGCGUGUGUAUGUUUUACAUGUACGUUGGGAUCUUAAUAAUCUGUAUAAAACUAUUUUAUGAUGA